AUGCGAUACCUGUGCAAGUCGAUCCUUCUCGCAGUGCACACGAUAGUGUUGGUGUGCUCUGCGGAGGAGAAGUUCGCUCUGCUCCAUGUCAGUGCACACGAUGCACAAUCACUACAUCUCAUUAAACAACUUCAAUUGAAUGAUUAUAAAUAUGAUCUCGACUUUUGGAAAUCUCCAUCCUCAAUCUCGGACAAAGCGGAUAUAAUGGUGAAACGUGGGAAGGCUGAACGAAUGCUCCGUCAGAUUCUAUCGUUUGCAAAUGUGACUGUGUCGAUGUCGGUUCCCGAUGUGGAAAAACUUAUAAUGCGAAACGAGAGAAGUACAUCCAAAUCUCCACAGAGUUACUUCUCAAAAUGGCUUCACGAUGACCCGAUUCUAGACAGUGAACCCGACCUAGAUCUCUCGCGAGUUGGUACCCUGAAAAAAGCAAAGUACCCAUUCGGAGACUAUGCGUCAUACGCGGAUAUGGUGAAAUACAUGAGAACAAUCGAGUUUUACUAUCCACGAAUCGCGAAAAUCGUUCGAAUCGGUGCGACUCACGAGGGGAAACCGAUUGAGGGAUUGAGGAUCGGAGCCAGGAGUUCACACAAGAAAAGAGCAGUUUGGGUGGAUGGAAAUAUUCAUGCGAGAGAGUGGGCCAGUAGUCAUACGGCUCUGUAUUUUAUUAAUCAGCUCGUCUCAGAAUACGGCAAAGACCCUCUCAUCACCAACUACAUCGACACUCUCGACUUCUACAUCGUCCCCUGUUUGAACCCAGACGGUUACGAGUACACGCGAACCUCUCCGAUUCCCACAGUCCGUCUCUGGCGUAAAAAUCGGUCUCCAGAAGUUUGUCGACCAUCUCUCUGGGGUGGAGAGAAGUGUUGUCAAGGUGUCGAUUUGAAUCGUAACUUCCGAUUCCAUUGGGCUGAAAGGGGUUCCUCCUAUGAGCCGUGCUCCAACAUCUAUCACGGAGAAGAGGUCUUCAGUGAGCCCGAGACGAAGGCUAUCCGGAAUUUUUUGGAUCGACCGGAUAUGAAGGAUAGACUAGACGCAUUUGUUACUUUGCACUCGUAUGCUCAGCUAUGGAUCUAUCCGUAUAGUCACGAAGAGCAGAAUUAUCCAGAAGAUAUUGGAGAGCUCAGAAAGACUGCGAGAAAAGCAAUUAAUCGAUUAUCGAGGGUGUAUGGAACGAAUUAUCGAAUGGGCACCGGUGCGGACACUUUGUCUCCGGCCGCCGGUGGAUCCGACGAUUGGGCGAAAUCAGCGUUGGCUGUCAAAUAUGUCUACCUGAUUGAGCUCCGCCCACAAAUGGAGUUAUCCAACGGCUUCAUUCUCCACAAAAAAGAGUUGAUCCCAACAGCCGUGGAAACAUUCGAAGGAUUCCGAGAAGUCGUUGACGCUGUGUUGACACUUAACAAUUCCACGUCAUCUGCUUCUGGAGCUUCUUCUGGAGCAUCGACGACGCGAAAGACUAUCUCGGAUUUGCAGAUGAGAAAGCAGCAAUACCGCAUGCGACUCCUUGCUUCCCAAGCAGCAACCACCAAAAGUACACAGACCUCUAGGGUGACCACAACGACAGCAAAACGGACGACGACUACUUCAGAAGUUACAAGUGAAGCCACCAAACCAACCCGCCACUUCGACCGCUUCACUGCCGACCCCAAUUCCACCACUCGAGCCCGCCCAACGCCUCCGAUGGCUCCGCCCAUAAUGUCAACGUCCACCCAGAAUUCUGAAUUCUCCACGACGUCAGAGGAUUCUGAAGUCGUGCCGACGUCUUCAAUCGCUUCACAAGCGACGACGAGAUUCGGAUUCUUCACGGCCACAAAACCAUCGGCGUUCCUUGACCCAGAGUGUAGGGAUAUGAGAUACUCUUGCGGCUUCUGGCUGAAAAACAACAAGCAAGUUUGCGAGGAGCAGCAAUCGUUCAUGCGCGCUCAAUGCGCCUAUACCUUAGUCAGCUGGCACCGACAUCAACUCAUCCCAAUUGACAUUGCCAAGUCCCUCCAAAUUGAUGGAUCCCUUCGCUGGCACCGUUCCGAUUGGGGUCUCCACACCGAUAUCAGUCUCGCCGUCGAGUCUUCUGAUGAUCCAGUCGAUGACGCGGAUGUUGUCUCCGAAUCCUGGCCACAAGAAUUUGUUAUUUCCAUCCUUACGGAACCAAUUGACAUGGUAGAUCUUUGGCAUCUUUCUCGAGUCGGUCUUCAGAUCCAACCAGUGUUGAAGGUACUUUCCAAAGUUGUAUCCCAUGAAUGGACGCAUCGCCAUCGGAUCGUGCAUCACUGUCUUUCCGGUGAACUCGGCGGCGGCGGUGGCCUCCGACUUGAGACAAGAACCGGUGAAGACUCCGUGCUCCCAUGA